AUGUCUCCACUUCUGAAAAGCAUCUUGGAUAUCACUGAAAUUUUCAAUCAAUAUGCCUUACAUGAUUGUGAUGGGGCAGCACUAAGCAAGAAAGAUCUGAAGAACCUCCUUGAAAGGGAAUUUGGAGAUGUCCUUCGGAGGCCACAUGACCCUGAGACAGUAGAUCUGAUCCUGGAACUUCUGGAUCGCGACUGUAACGGGCUUGUCGAUUUCAAUGAAUUCCUCCUGUUCGUUUUCAAGGUGGCUCAAGCUUGUUAUUACGCUCUCAGCCAGGUUUCCGGGCUGGAUGAGAAGGGGGUCAGGUGUGAGGGAAAGGAGAACCCGUUACAAGAUCCCAGGCAAGAAGACCAGAGAUUUGAGCCCCGGGACAGACAACUGGAAGAACACAGGCAGAAAAGGCAGGAACUGGAGAGGGAGCUCGCAGAGGAAGACAAGCAGCGGCUGCAGAGGCGACAACCGGAAGAGCGCCUGGAGGAGGAAGAGCAGCUGAAGAGGCGCAAGGGUCGGGAGCCUGAGGAAUUUCCUGACCGAAAGCAAAGGCAAGAGAGGCGGGAGCAGCGCGAGCUCCGGGAAAAAGAGGAGCAGUUGCAAAGGCAGAAGCGGGAGCAGGAGGAGCCGCGGUUGCAGCAGGAGCUGAGGCGCGAGGAGCAGGAGAGACGCGAGCAGAUAGAGAGGCGCCAGCAGCAGCUUAGGCGCGGGGAGCCGCGCUUAGAGCAGGAGCUGAGGCGCGAGCAAGAGAGGCGCGAGCAGCAGGAGAGACGCGAGCAGGAACUGAGGCGCGAGCAGAGGCUGAGGCGCGAGGAGCAGGAGAGACGCGAGCAGAUAGAGAGGCGCGAGCAGCAGCUUAGGCGCGGGGAGCCGCGCUUAGAGCAGGAGCUAAGGCGCGAGCAAGAGAGGCGCGAGGAGCAGGAGAGACGCGAGGAGGAGCUGAGGAGCGAGGAGUUGCUCUUUGAUCAGGAGCUGAGGCGCGAACAGAAGAGGCGUGAGCAGGAGCUGAGACGCGAGCAGAGGCUGAGGCGUGAGGAGCCGCGCUUAGAGCAGGAGUUGAGGCGCGAGCAGGAGAGACGCGAGCAAGAGCUGAGGCGCGAGGAGUUGCCCUUUGAACAGGAGCUGAGGCGCGAGCAGGAGAGGCGCGAGCAGGAGCUGAGACGCGAGCAGCGGCUGAGGCACAAGCAGCGGCUGCAGAGGCGACAACCGGAAGAGCGCCUGGAGGAGGAAGAGCAGCUGAAGAGGCGCAAGGGUCGGGAGCCUGAGGAAUUUCCUGACCGAAAGCAAAGGCAAGAGAGGCGGGAGCAGCGCGAGCUCCGGGAAAAAGAGGAGCAGUUGCAAAGGCAGAAGCGGGAGCAGGAGGAGCCGCGGUUGCAGCAGGAGCUGAGGCGCGAGGAGCAGGAGAGACGCGAGCAGAUAGAGAGGCGCGAGCAGGAGCUGAGGCGCGAGGAGCCGCGCUUAGAGCAGGAGCUGAGGCGCGAGCAAGAGAGGCGCGAGCAGCAGGAGAGACGCGAGCAGGAACUGAGGCGCGAGCAGAGGCUGAGGCGCGAGGAGCAGGAGAGACGCGAGCAGAUAGAGAGGCGCGAGCAGCAGCUUAGGCGCGGGGAGCCGCGCUUAGAGCAGGAGCUAAGGCGCGAGCAAGAGAGGCGCGAGGAGCAGGAGAGACGCGAGGAGGAGCUGAGGAGCGAGGAGUUGCUCUUUGAUCAGGAGCUGAGGCGCGAACAGAAGAGGCGUGAGCAGGAGCUGAGACGCGAGCAGAGGCUGAGGCGUGAGGAGCCGCGCUUAGAGCAGGAGUUGAGGCGCGAGCAGGAGAGACGCGAGCAAGAGCUGAGGCGCGAGGAGCGCGAGGAGCCGCGCUUGGAGCAGGAGCUCAGGCGCGAGCAAGAGCUCAGGCGCGAGGAGACGCGCUUGAAGCAGGAACUCAGGCGUGAGCAGGAGGAGAGGCGUGAGCAGGAGGAGAGGCGCGAGCAGGAGCUGAGGCGCGAGCAGGAGGAGAGGCGCGAGCAGGAGCUGAGGCGCGAGCAGCAGGACAGACGCGAGCAGGAGCUGAGGCGGGAGCAGGAGGAGAGGCUCCAGCAGGAGCUGAGGCACGAGCAGCAGCCUGCUGAGGAGGAGGUGGAGGCCCGUGAGCGGGGCAAGAGCCGCACCUCAAAGUGGCAGUGGCAGCUAGAAAGCGAGGCCGACGCCCGUCAGAGCAAGGUCUACUCCAGGCCCCGCAGGCAGGAGCAGCAGAGGCAACGCCAGGAACGCGAAGAAAAGAGGCAGCGCCUGGAGCUCGAGCGGCAACUGCGGGAGGAGGACGAGCAGGCACGCCUGCAGGAGGAGGAAGAGCAGCGCCGAGACUUCAAAUGGCAGUGGCAGGCGGAGGAAGAGAGCGAGAGGCGCCGCCAGAGGUUCUCCGCCCGGCCCCAGUUGCGGGAGCAGCAGGAGAGGCAGCUGAGGGCGGAGGAACUGCAGGAUGGGGAACUGCUGCGUGAGGAGGAAGAGCAGCGCCGCCAACGACUCGAGAGGGAGCGGGAGCAGCAGAUCCUCGAGGAGGAGAAGCAGCUCCGAUUGGAGCAGAGCCUCCAAGAGGAUCAGGAGAGGAAGCUACGCCGGGAGGAGCAGCGCCGUGACCAAAAAUGGAGGUGGCAACCAGAAGAGGAAAGCCAGAGACGCCGCCACACAGUCUACGCCAAGCCAACUCAACGAGAGCCGCUGAGGGAGGAAGAGCAGCUGCAGCGAGAGGAACUCAAGACGAGGAGGCGCCAGGAGCUGGAGAGACAAUAUCGGGAGGAAGAGCCGCUGAGGGAGGAAGAGCAGCUGCUAAGAGAUCGGAGGCGCCAGCAGCGCGGCAGGCAGUAUCUGGAAGAGGAAGAGCUGCAGCGCCUGGACAGAAAGAGGCAAUUCCAGGAUGAGGAUCAGAGCCGCGAUCUGAAAUGGCAGUGGCAACCAGAAAAAGAAAAUGAAGUUCGUAAUCACAGGGUUUACUCCAAACGCAAAGUGAACGAAGAAAGGAUCCGGCAAUUCGAAGAUUCCCAGGUUCGAGAUAGACCAUUCCGGCAGAAUCGGUGGCUCCUGCAGGAUGAACGGGAUGAGGAGAGAGCGCGAGAGAAACAGAGGACCCGGCAGCAGCGCGACAUGCAAUUCCCAGCUGAGGAACUGCUGGAGCGAGAAGAGCAAAAGGAAGCCAAAAGGCGAAACAGGAAGUUCGGCGAGGAGGAACAGCAGCAGCGCCGCCGGGAACGUGAGCAACAGCUUCGCCAGGAGCGCGACAGAAGGUUCCGUGAGGAGGAACAGCUCCUGCAGCAAAGGGAAGAACAGCUGCGCCGCCGGGAGCGCGACAGAAAGUUCCGCGAGGAGGAACAGCUCCUGCAGGAAAGGGAAGAACAGCUGCGCCGCCAGGAGCGCGACAGAAAGUUCCGCGAGGAGGAAUUGCUGCGCCGCCAGGAGCGCGACAGAAAGUUCCGCGAGGAGGAANNNNAGCUGCGCCGCCAGGAGCGUGACAGAAAGUUCCGCGAGGAGGAAUUGAUGCGCCGCCAGGAGCGCCACAGAAACUUCCGUGAGGAGGAACAGCUCCUGCAGGAAAGGGAAGAACAGCUGCGCCGCCAGGAGCGCGACAGAAACUUCCGUGAGGAGGAACAGCUCCUGCAGGAAAGGGAACAGCUGCGUCGCCAGGAGCGCGACAGAAAGUUCCAACAGCUCCUGCAGGAAAGGGAAGAACAGCUGCGCCGCCAAGAGCGCGACAGAAAGUUCCUCGAGGAGGAAUUGCUGCGUCGCCAGGAGCGCGACAGAAACUUCCGUGAGGAGGAACAGCUCCUGCAGGAAAGGGAAGAAGAGCUGCGCCUCCAGGAGCGCGACAGAAAGUUCCUCGAGGAGGAAGACUUGCGCCGCCAGGAACGCGACAGAAAGUUCCGGGAGGGGGAACAGAGGCUGCGCCGCCGCCGAGGACUAGAUGGUACCCUCUCUCAGGAGGAGCAACUGAAGGGUGCUGAACAAGAGCAAGAGCAGAGCGUCCAGCAGGAGAGAGAAGAAAAGCGACACCGACAGGAGCAGGACAGGCAGUUCCUCGAGGAAGAAGAGCAACUGCCACGCGAAGAGCAGGAAGAGCUGAGGCGCCGGCAGGAGCGAGGCCAGCAGUACCGCGUGGAGGAGCAGUUUGCCAGGGAGAAGAGGCGCCGUCAGGAACAAGAACUGCGGCAAGAAGAGCAAAGACGCCGCCAGCGGGAGGAGGAACGAAGGCACCGCGGGCAAGUCUGGGAAGACGGAGACAGGGGCCGUCGGCAGACUCUGGAGCCAGGCAAGAGUCAGUUUGCCAGUGUCCCGGUGCGCUCCAGCCCUCUCUAUGAAUAUAUCCAAGAGCAGAGAUCUCAGUACCGCCCUUAA